GCACCUGUAUGUCAGGGAAAUAUGGUUUGGAUUGUAGCUACACCUGUCACUGUGACGCUGCCGACUGCAAUGACGUCACCGGGUGUUCUGGUAGUUGCCAGGAAAGAUGGUCAGGACCAACAUGCACUAAAGAAAAUAUAGCUUUACAGAAAACUGCCUACCAGAGUUCAUACACCACAGGGUACACGCAUGUCGCUGUGAUUGCUGUAAAUGGCGACCGCCGCGCUAAUGGAGGAGGAGUCUGUAUAAUAACUGAUGUUAAUAAGCCAUACACGUGGUGGGAAGUAGACUUGGGAAGAGACUACUACAUACACAAACUAGAUAUUUACUUCCGCACCGACUAUAAAGCUCGGAGAAACGGUGUUCACAUCUACAGCUCAACAGAAGCCAACCAAACGGAUACGGACCAUCUGUGUGGUGCGGCCACUAUAAACAGUUCUGAUGUAACAGCAGUUACAUGUAACAGUACAGCCAGAUACAUCACUCUCUACCAGAAUACACAAAACAAUCAAUACACACCACCAGGGCAAGGCGCAAUGGACUUUUGUGAAGUAGAAGUGUAUGUAUGCGAUGCUGGUACCUUUGGCGAUGACUGCAGUCAGUUCUGUCACUGUCUGAAUGAACCGUGUAAAUAUGCAACAGGAAAGUGUACUGGAGGCUGUAAACAAAACUGGAAUGGACAAAAUUGCAGUGAUUAUGAAUUUCCGUUCAUCAGAGUGCUUCUGGUCAACCAGGUGUUUGUUAUACCGCAGUGUGAUUCAGAUCAUUAUGGCCUUCUGUGUGGAAAGCCUUGUUCCAGCAGACACUGCAAUAUAUCAGGUGGUCAAUCAACUUGUGAUAAACAGACUGGACGAUGUGAUAACGGAUGUACACCAGGAUGGAUGGAACCAGACUGUUCAAAGGAAUGUUCAGAAUAUAUUUAUGGUUUGAGAUGUGCAAACAUCUGCAAUGAGAGAAAGUGUCUAGGAGACACGUCCUGUCAUCACGUGACCGGGAAGUGUGAUCAUGGCUGUGUUCGAGGAUAUCAGGAUGAAGAUUGUAGAACGAUGUGUCCAUCUGGAAAAUAUGGAUUCAACUGUAACAUGUCUUGCGAGAAGAGAAACUGUGCUGACAACUCGCCGUGUGACAAGCUUAAUGGGACAUGUGUCAGUGGCUGCUUGAAAGGCUGGGAUUUACCAGACUGCGUCACUGAAUGCCACAACAAUACGUUUGGACCUAGCUGCAUGUUUAAAUGUAGUGAACGAUUCUGCAAGGGAGACAACUCAAAAUGUGAUAUUGAAGAUGGUGUUUGUCAAGAUGGUUGUCAGACUGGCUGGAAGAAUGCAAAUUGUACUGAAAAAUGUGACAGUGGUUCAUAUGGUCCAGGCUGUGCAUUUGACUGUAACAAGAGACACUGUCAGACUAACUCAGACAGCUGUAAUCAUGUUAACGGAUCAUGCGGAGGGGAAUGUGAGAAUAACUAUAACGGCAUCGACUGCACAGGGUGUGAUGGGAAAUAUGGCCCGGAAUGCAGUUCGUCAUGCAGUGACAGACACUGUAAAAAUGAUAAUGCACCAUGUGAUCACGCGACUGGUUCAUGUGAUGGACCAUGUGAUGCUGGAUAUCAAGGUGAUACUUGCGCUGACAAAUGCCACAACAAUACGUUUGGACCUAGCUGCAUGUUUAAAUGUAGUGAACGAUUCUGCAAGGGAGACAACUCAAAAUGUGAUAUUGAAGAUGGUGUUUGUCAAGAUGGUUGUCAGACUGGCUGGAAGAAUGCAAAUUGUACUGAAA